AUGGAUGAAGAAAUUUUAGAUAAUUUAUAAGCAGUAGAAGAUGAUGAUAAUGAAAUUUCUAAUUUUCCUUUAUUUUAAUAAAAACAAAUUGGUGAAUUUAUCAAAAAGAUACUUGGUGAUAAUAUAAUAGCUUAAAAAGCAUUUCGAGAUAAAUUUAAUAGAUGUUUAAGUCUUUUUGUGUUUUAUUUAACUCAUAUGUAUUAAAUUCAAUCAUUAAAGGAUAACAGUAAUGAAAGAAGACAAUAGAAAGAAAAAAAAUGAGAAAAAAAAAGUAUAAGUAACCAAAGAGGAUAUCAUAUAGACUUUAAAAUUGAUUGAUUUUUAAGAUAUAGCUGAAACUCUUGAAAGUAUAAGAAUAACUUAUAUUUAUUAGAUUAAUAAUUUUUGCAAUUUUCUUAAGAAAAUGUGAUUUAAUAAGUGAAUUAAUUAGAUUAGGAAAUAGAAGAAGAUUAAAUGCGGGAAAUAUAAAACUUUGAAAAUGUAGAGGAUGAAUAAAAAGAAGAAGAGAAUAAUGAUGAUAAUGAAUAGAUUUAAGAUUAAGUUGAAGAAGAAAUUGAUGAUGAAAAUGAUGAGGAUAUUUAGAAUAAUGAAAAUAAUGAAGAUAAUGAAAAUAUUGAAAAUAAUGAAAAUGAAUAAUAAUGA